AUGGGUCGUUCUCGUGGGAAUUUUCAUCAUGCCGAUGAAGAUCCCAGCCAAAGAUCAAGGAGAAAGAAGAAUGCUUCUAGUGGGGAUAAUUCGGAAUCCGGUGUUGCGGGUCAAGGAGCAAGUGAAGGGAAAAGGGCUUUGUAUCAUUGCAAUUACUGUAAUAAAGAUAUUACAGGAAAGAUUCGUAUUAAGUGUGCCGUGUGCCCAGACUUUGAUUUAUGCAUAGAAUGCUUUUCUGUUGGAGCUGAGGUGACACCUCACAAAAGCAAUCACCCUUACAGGGUUAUGGACAAUCUGUCUUUCCCUCUUAUUUGCCCGGACUGGAAUGCAGAUGAUGAAAUCUUGCUUCUAGAGGGAAUUGAAAUGUAUGGUAUGGGAAACUGGGCAGAAGUCGCUGAGCAUGUUGGAACAAAGAACAAAGAAGCAUGCAUUGAACACUAUAAGAAUGUGUACCUAAACUCUCCGUAUUUCCCUCUUCCGGACAUGUCUCAUGUUGUUGGGAAGAACAAAAAAGAACUACUCGCCAUGGCGAAAGGGCAGGGUGAUGACAAGAAAGGACUUCCGAUGGGGGAUCUUAGAAUUAAGGAAGAAUCAACCUUUUCUACGUCUAGAGUCAAAAUGGAAGAUUCCCAUAAACAUGGUUCCACUAGCUGUCUGGCUUCCAAUUUGAAUCCAGAGUUAGAUUCUGGGCUCUCAGUCAGCACACAGGCUUCAGCUACUGUUAACCAGAGGGCAUCUAACAAAGGUCGAGGAAAAGGUGGUCCUGGAAUCGUUAAAAUUGAAGAUUCUCCAGAUUUCGGAGGAAAUAAACCAAAUUCCUCAGGAAAUGACGGCCCUUCUUUGGUUGAAAUCAGUGGUUAUAAUCCGAAAAGACAGGAAUUUGAUCCUGAAUAUGAUAAUGAUGCUGAACAACUGCUUGCUGAAAUGGAGUUUAAGGACACUGACACUGAGGACGAGCGGGAGAUCAAACUCCGUGUGUUGCGUAUCUAUUACAAAAGGCUUGAUGAAAGAAAGCGCAGGAAGGAAUUCAUACUUGAAAGAAAUUUGCUAUAUCCAAAUCCAAUUGAGAAGGAUUUCACACCCGAGGAAAAGGCAAUAUGUCGGAAAUAUGACAAAUUCAUGCGCUUUCAUACAAAGGAAGAUCACAAUGAAUUACUUACAACCAUUAUCACUGAACACAGAACUCUUAAAAGAAUUCAGGAGCUUAAGGAAGCCCGGGCUGCUGGUUGCCGCACUACAGCCGAAGCAGAUAGAUAUCUGGCACAUAAGAGAAGAAAGGAAGCUGACGAAAAUGCUCGUAGGGCAAGAGAAAAUGCUCACGUCGGCCUAAAUAAUCACGGCGUUCCAAAUGCAUUAAUGUCUCCAGACUCUGCUGGUACAAGGCCUGUCAAUGAAAUGGAUCUAGCAGGAUACUAUGGAGCAGAUUUACUUUCCGAACCUGAGAAACAUCUUUGUUGUGAACUAAAGUUGCCUCCGGCCACAUAUCUAAAGAUGCAACAGCAUCUGUCUAUGCAAAUGAUUGCCGGCAACGUGACUUCGAAAUCCGAUGCUCAUCAAAUGUUCAACAUGGAUGCCUUGAAAGUUGACAGGGUGUAUGAUAUUCUCAUUAAGAAGGGAAUUGGUUCACCCUGA